AUGUCCAAUAUUCUCGCCGUUGAUUUCAAAUAUACUGAGCGUAUUGCUCUCAAAACUACCCUUAGAGAUUAUAUUUCAUAUUCUUAUGAUGAACAUCCAGAUAUAUACACUGACGAUUUACGCAUUCUUGACGAACUUAGGACUGAUUGUUUGAAUUUGGAGGUACACCAAAAUGCACUAUAUCGGCUAUUAAAAUAUUAUGGGCAACUAGUUUUCAUUGGAUCUAAAUUUCCAAUUGACGUAGGCAUAGAAUUUCCUUGGUAUUCAGCCUUUCCAAAUAAUGAAAAAAAGCCUGUUUCGCAUAAAAAUUUUUACUAUGAGAGAGCCUGUGUACUAUUUAAUAUUGGUGCCAUGUAUAGCAAGCUUGGCGUCUCAGAAAGCAGACUAACUCCUGAAGGUGUCAAAAGAGCUUGUCAAUACUUCCAAAACUCGGCUGGUUGUUUCAAGCAUUUGGACAGUUUGGUAAUACCAGAAAUGAGAAUACCACCAACAUUGGACAUGUCAUCUACGACUUUAAAUGUUCUUGUUAACAUUAUGUUAGCGCAGGCUCAAGAAUGUUUUUGGCAAAAAGCUGUAUAUGAAAAAUUAAAGGAUGGAAAUGUAGCAAAACUAGCAAGUCAAGUAUCUGCAUAUUACGAAGCAGCAUUUGAAUUAGCAACAAAUAAUCCAGAAGUUUCAAAGAUAUUAGGCCAAAACUGGCUCACACAUUUGCAAGUAAAAUCGUGGCAUUUUGCCGCAGCCUCGGAAUUUCGCAAAUCUUGUGAAUGUAUUAGUCAAAAUAAGUAUGGGGAAGAAAUUGCGAGAUUGCGAGUAGCUGAAGGAUACGUGAAUCGAGCAUUUGAACAACGUAAACAUUUAAGAGAAGCUGUAAUAAAAGAUUUAGAGUCAUUGCAUACAGUUGUUACUUCAAAUCUAAGCCGUGCUUUGAAAGAUAAUGAUAUUAUAUAUUUAAAUACUAUUCCUUCAGCUUCAUCAUUGGCUCCAAUUGGCCGGGCAAGCCUGGCUAAUCCAACACUUCCUCCGGAAGUUAAUGAUCCAAUUUCUUUGAUGAGUGAAAGAUCUAUUUUGGGUCUUCCAUUGUUUGUAAAACUUGUCCCUUUUGCAGUUCAUCAGGCUCACAGCGUAUAUUCUGAUCGUAGAGAAAGAUUGGUAAAGGAGGAAAUCUUAUUUAAAUUGCACGAACUAACAAGCAUCUGUGACAGUACACUAAGGUCUCUAAAUUUGCCUUCUUCAUCACUGGAUACAGAAGACCACCAGAUAAUUCCACAAUCAAUAUUGGAAAAUUCACAGGAUGUUCGCAAUGAAGGUGGGAUAACAAGGUUGAAUGCAAUGUUCGAUAGCAUACAAGAUGCAUCACCAAAUAAUACUCAAAUUUUAGAUGAGGCAUUAAACAUUUUAGAUCAAGAAGCCAUGGAAAAUGAAGAGUGGGAAAAGAAGUUUGGAGAAAGAUGGACAAGAAAGAAAUCUCUUGUAGUCAAUAAAGAUUUGGUGGAUCUAAUUACAAAGCAUCAACAGGUUCUUCAACAGGCACUCAAAGGUGACUUGGCAAUCCAAAAUAAAUUAGAGCAAUGGAGCCAACCCAUUGAAUUAUUAGGUUCUGAUCGGGCUCGUGCUAAUAUUGGAGAGCGUAAUAAAACUAUUGAAGAAGUUAAAAAAAUUUCAAAUCUAGAUGAUAUAGGUCCUAAGUUACUCAAAGAGGCUGCAAAAAUUACCGCCAAUGGCACUGCAAUAAAAAUCGAGCCGGCACAUUUUGAGGAACUAUUCAUUGAAGAGAUGAAAAAAUAUGAUAACUUUUUGGUAUUUGUGCAGCGGGAAACUGAAAAUCAAGAAAAAUUAUUGAACCAAAUUGAUGGAAAAUAUCGGGAGUUAACAGAAAAACGUAAGAGGGCAAUGAAUAACCCUGGAAGGACAGAAACAAUUGAAAAAUUUAAAAUGGCUUAUCAAAAAUUCAGAGAGAUAUUAUUAAACUUACAAGAAGGAAUCAAAUUUUAUCAUAAUUUAGAAAUCACUUUGCGAGAUUACCAAAAAAAAUGCCAAGAAUUUGCAACCUAUCGCCAUAAAGAAGGAUAUGAACUUGUUCGUACUAUUGAUAAGGCUUGGAAUAGUACUACUCCUAUAGUUUACUCUUCACAGUCUAAUUUACAACAAUCUUCACAAUCUCCAAGGACAAGUGGAGUGUGGAACCCAGAUAAGAAUAUCAAAUUUUCACGUAAUGCAGGUAGUUCAUGA